CCAUAUUCAACACUCUCUCUUUCACAUGGAGCUCGUCCUCCCCUCCUUCCCACUCCUUCUAAGCUUUCUUCUCUUUGUUUUCAUGGUGCUGAGAAUAAAGAAAAGAUCCAAAACCAACUAUGAAACUUCAAAUCUUCCCCCUGGGCCACCGAAAUUACCUCUUAUUGGAAACUUGCACCAGCUUAUUUCUGCCGGGUCUCUACCUCAUCAUGGACUGAGAGACUUGGCCAAGAAAUAUGGUCCACUUAUGCACCUACAGCUUGGAGAAAUUUCCGCUGUCGUUAUUUCUUCGCCAGAGUUCGCCGAACAAGUGUUGAAAACUCAUGACGCUAUAUUUGCAUCAAGGCCUUACACUGAAAUAACACGAAUCGUAUCUUAUGAUUUUAAUGAUAUAGCCUUUUCGCCCUAUGGUGAAUACUGGAGAAAACUAAGGAGCAUCUGUACGUUGGAGCUUUUAAGCGCGAAACAAGUCCAAAAUUUCCGAUCUUUAAGAGAAGAAGAGGUGUCUAGUCUUGUCAAUUGGAUUGCUUCAAAAGCAGGAUCAGUGAUUAACCUCACUGAUAAACUUUUCCAGUUAUCGUAUGCUAUCACUUCAAGGGCGACUGUUGGCAGAAAAUGCAAAGAUCAUGAAUUAUUAAUGUCUGUUAUGGAGGAAACUAUGAAGUUGCUGGGAGGUUUCGGUGUUGCCGAUCUGUUUCCUUCAAUUAAAUUGCUCCAAUCUAUCAGUGGAAACGGGUCCAAAAUGGAGAGGCUGCAUCGAGAAACAGACAGAAUACUUGAAAACAUUAUCAAAGAACAUAAGAUCUCUGACCUGAGUGAAGUAAAUAAAGAUCUUCUUGAUCUUCUCUUGGAAUUUCAAGGACGUGGUGAUCUUCAAUUUCCCUUGACUAGAGAGAACAUCAAAGCCGUUAUCUUUGAUGUUUUUGCUGGUGGGGGUGAUACAGCUUCAACAGUAAUGGAGUGGACAAUGUCUGAAAUGAUAAAAAACCCGAGAUUGAUGAAAAGGGCGCAGGAUGAGGUGAGGGAAGUCUUCAAUAGAAGAGGGAAAGUUGAUGAAGCGGGCAUCGAAGAAAUGAAAUUCUUGAAGCCAGUAAUAAAAGAGACUCUGAGAUUGCAUCCUGCCGGUCCUUUGUUACUUCCAAGAGAAAAUGGAGAGAGAGGUGAAAUUAAUGGAUUCAACAUACCUGCCAAAACUAAAGUCAUCGUUAACGCCUGGGCGAUGUCUAGGGAUCCAAAAUAUUGGACGGAACCCGAGAGCUUCAAUCCAGAGAGAUUCCUUAAUAGUUCUAUUGACUUCAAGGGAAGUAAUUUUAAUUACCUCCCAUUUGGUGCUGGUAGGAGAACUUGCCCAGGAUCUUUUUACGGUCUGGCCAAUGUUGAGAUUGUGCUUGCGAUGUUGCUCUACCAUUUUGAUUGGAAACUUCCUAAUAGAAUGAAGAAUGAAGAUUUAGACAUGACCGAGGUAUUUGGUUUGUCACUUAGAAGAAAAAAUGAUCUGUGUUUGAUUCCCAUUCCUUAUCAUCCAUAGCCAUAAAUAUAAGCAAUAAAUGGCUGUGUUAAUGAUAAUCUAUUCGACCAACCCAAAAAGACUACGGCCUGCGUGUGUGUGUUUCUAUUUUUUUUUUUUUUUUUUUGGUAAUAUGAAGUCUGAAUAUGAUUUGAUAUAAAUUCAUGUUUCGGACAUUUUAAAUAUCUGUAUUUUGACUAGAUUGUGUGGUUUUUUUAAAUAAAUUUAUAGCCAUUGUAAAAGCUAUAUAUAUAAUGAAUAAAAUCUUG